AGCUGUAGCUGUACAUACGAACAAAACAAGUUGCUGCACGACUUGUAAACUAGGAGCAGCGCUGUAGCGGAAAUGCGCGCAACAAUAAACAUGAGGAACUCCUGGAGGCACCGACGGGGGCCACAAACACGGCAAUAAAUCUGCAGGAGUUCUUGUCCGAAACCAGGAGCAGCACCCCGCCCGCCUGAAACACCAUGGCGACUUUUGCCGCGGGCGCGGUCCCGGAUAUGCGCAACGCGCCGCCGGACCCUAAUGUGCAGCGGAACAAGACCCAGGCGUUGUCCACCCAACUCUCCGACCUGUUCAUUGGCACGGGGCACGGGACGACCAAAACGGGAGAAGUUUACGAGUUCGAUGCUACCACCGAGGAAGACAGCCCGUGGCACUACAAAUGGGCCCGGAAAUGGUACAUCUACCUCGGGUUUCCAGAGCCCGCGCUGCACGUAGAUCUAGAAAUCGUCCGGCUGUACUUUUACUACGAGGAAAAAUACGCACGAGAGCUGCUUUUCCCGCCGAAGCAACUUGCCGUGGAAGACAGUACGAAGCCGCAACCGCAGUUCAACAACUUUAACAACGUCGGUGUUGCGCAUUCAUCGUCAAAAAAGCAGAAACCGGUGAAGAGAAAAGACAGCUUUAUGGAGAGAAGACUGGGGACGAAAAGUUGGACGACACCGCAAUUAGUCUCAAGAGUGGGAGACUUUUUCAUCAUCAUCUCUAUCAUCUCAGUUCUCGUGCAAACCCAUCCCAGCACGUUGGGGCACAUCAAGCCGUUACAUUGGUUGAUUAUUGACGGCUUCAUCGUGGCCUACUUUUCCGUCGAGUUUGUCAUGCGGUUUUACGUCUGCAACGCGUUCGGGGCGACGAGAUACCAAUUUAUGACGAAGCUGCUCAACGUCUGCGACUUCAUGGCAAUAGUUCCAUAUUUCGCGGUAUUUUAUUAGUGAGGGCGUUUUUUUUGUGUUUCAGAUGCAUGACCAAUUUUUGCGAUUGCUAGAGCUGCCCUGUGCAUAAUAAUUGCAGAUUUAUUUGCAAAGCUGAUGCGUUUUGUCAUGCUGGUUACUUGUGGAUGCAGCAAUUUGUGAAUUCGUCCAAAAAAUCUCCCAACAUCUACUCCCAAAACAGACUCUCUUCGGCGGCUCCAAGCACCUGGAAGUCCUGAAAAUCUUCCGUAUGGCACGGUUAAUCCGGCUGCUGAUGUCGAUGAAGAUCGGGCGGUUACUCAUCGCGACCUUCCGCGUGUCCGCGACGGCGUUGUACAUUUUAAUCUUCUUCAUCAUCGUGUCUGGUAUACUGCUCGGGGCUCUGGUCUAUUCCUUCGAGCGGUUAUCCUGUUUCGAACCGGACACCCGGGGAGCGUUUCGUGAUUUUAUCACCAUCCAGGGCGGGAUCACGAGCAAUACGCCGCACGGGGACAAGAAGAUUCACUGCGCGUACGAAUGCGAUUCACAAACCUUCCACGACCGGCAUUUCGUGGACUACUGCUACUACUUGGUGGAAGACAAGGACAUGGUGCCCUCAGAGGUCGGUCCGGACAACUUCUACGCCAUUCCCAUGCACACCAUCAACUUCCCGUCGAUCCGCGCGAGUCUCUGGUUCACGGUGGUGACGAAAGCCACGGUCGGGUUCGGUGACAUCGUGCCGGAAACGAUUGUCGGGAAAUCGGUCGGUGGGCUGUUCUGUAUGUUGAGCGGGAUUUUGGCGAUUUCUCUGCCGGUCGCGGUUUUAGGUAACACGUUCCAUAUCAAAUGCAAGAAUUUCUGGGGCUGGAAGAGUGCAAGACUUGUCAUGCAUAUUUUGAAUGGCCAAUGAGGUUUGGGACGCAGAUCCUAGCAUGACAGAUUCUGCGAGGUCUCCAUCAUGCCUAUCCUGCAUAGGAAACGUCUUCUCAACUUGGUCGAAAGUGGACAGCUUUUGGUCAUCAUGCAACACAGAUUUUUGCAUGAUUCUGAGUGACCACGGCAAGUUCCACUUUUCCAGCCCAAGACAUAUUUGCAUUUGAUAUUCCAAGACCUCGCGCAACUCCAAGACGCGAAGGACGGCGCGAGCCGGAAAUUGCCGCCGUUUCGGUUCACGAAUAGGCAGGUUUCAGGGUCAGACCAGGCGAGUAGUGUGCUAUGCAUUGCAAAUAUGUCGGGGAGUUUGGAAGGACGCGAACUUGUCAUGCUAAGUCUGGAUCGUGCAAAAAUUUGUGCUGCAUGAGUACCAAAAGCUGUCCACUUCUGAACAAGUUUACAGGCAAUUUGUCAUGCGGGAUAGGCAUGAUAGAGACUUAGCAAAACCUGUCAUGCUAGGUCCUGCAUUCCAGACCUCAUGGGACAUGGAAAAUAUGCAUGAGAAAUUAGCAUUCUUCCAGACCCAGACAUAUUUGCGCUGCAUAUGUGCCACCGGUGGACAACACUUCCACCGAUCCGAAGGUGUUUGACCCCGGGCGGGAUGGCAGUAACCCGAUGCUGUCCAUCGCACCCGGGCAGCAAGUGGAAGAAGUGCCGAUGUCAAACGAUCUCUACCAAUCCGUGUUAGAGGGGGACGGCGGCAGUGAAAACGCGUUUGGCCCGGACGUGAACAAAAGUUCUAGUUCGGAGGAGCGGGAAAACAACGCCGCGAAAAGCGGAACAAUUUCUGCAAAGAAAAACAUUGGCGGGUUAUUUCCGCCAGUGCAACAAGCCCAGCAGCAAACCGUCCCGCCCUCCAGUCCAGGAGCAGGAAUUUUGAAGCGCCAGGCCACCGCAGAGAAGGACGAGGGCCCGAGAAAAAAGUCGGUUGCAUUCGGGGAGACGAGUUUCCAGCGGUUAGGAACGGGUGGUUUUAUGGAUUGCAAAGAUGUCUGGGUCUGGAAAAGUUCAAGGUUUGUCAUGCUAGGCUAGCAAGACUCUUAAGUCUGUCAUGCGCGUUACCCCAAGGCCCUACUUUUCUGUGAUGCAAAAACGCAGUUUGUCAUGCGGAAUAGGCAAGGCUUAGAGGCUCAGAAACUUGUCAUGCUGAGCCAUCAUUUGUGGCCUCCACAUUCUAACUCCCUCAGCAUUACAAGAUUCCAGACCCAGGCAUAUUUGCAUUUGAUAGGUUUACCGGGUUUACCAAACGCGAGUUCCACCGCGACCAUCGGCCCGGACGACCCCCGGAUGCCGCAGUCUGUUUUUGGCUCGCCGAGGAAGCAGACCAGCAGCUCGGAAUCAUCCGAGAACUCCGCCGUAGUCCAGCAAACGUCCGCGCAAAAAAUAAAAUUCCUGGCGAGGAUGCCCUCGGUCGAGGAUUCCGCGGCGAGUUUGGGCUUGUCGCCCAUAGAAGCGCAACUCCGCAUUUUGAAGUCGCUCGUGCGCCGCGCGUCCCAGACCUCCCUGGACAUCCAGGGGCUGCAGAUGCGACGGGAAGAAGUGAAAAUUUUACUGCGGAUUCAGAUCGCUUUACUAGUGAAAACUCUUGUCGACCACUACACGGCGAAGCGGGCUCGGGUCGAGAGCCGGAUCGAGUCGAAGCUGGCGCGGUUGGAAGAAGCGAAGAAAGAUUUGAAACUGCCCCCCUCGAUCCAGAAACUCGUCCUCUGCGAGGACGCCUAUGGCGCGAUCGGGAAGAAGUCGAAAAAAGUGUUGGUCGUCCCCGGGAGUUCGAAAGAGGAUGAUUCCGGCUCGCGCAAGGACCCGGUUGGAAAACGGUUGAUCGGGAGGAUUACGCGGUACAGCUAUCAAAUGCAAAUAUGUCUGGGUCUGGAAGAAUGGAAGGUUUGUCAUGCACAUUUUACAUGACUUCUGAUGCCUGUGAUGUUGGCCUAGCAUCACAGAUUUUUAGAGUUCUUCGUGAUGCCUAUUUCGCAUGAAAGAUGACCUCUGCGCGCAGCACAAACUGGUCUCCUCUUGCUGGUCAUGGCAAUACCGGUUUAUUUUUUAGAACCCAAAGACAGCAUCACAAGUUCCAACUCUUCCAGACCCAGACAUAUUUGCAAUGCAUAACAGCCUGCGGUAUACGAUUAUUCCGAUCACCACGUACAUUUUAACACCAGAGGUGCUCGCCCGGGCGGAAGCGCUAGGAAACAUGACGCAGCGGAUGCAGGAUUUGAUCCCUUUAUCUCUCAACCUCUUCCCGAAGGAAUCGAAUUUCCGCCGCUACUGCUUCCGAAUCGUGACUCUGAAAGUGUUCGAAACCUUCAUCAUCGGGGCCAUUUUGGGGAACGCGGCGUUGUACUGCAUCCAGGACUACAGUACGGACGACAACUGGCAGGCGAGUUUGUUGGUUGCGGGAGAGCCGGUUUUUUUGCUGAUUUUCGUGAUCGAGUUCCUGAUGAAGAUUGUCGCCUACGGUUUCUUCUACGGGAAAAACACGUAUUUACGCGACGGCUGGAACUGGCUGGAUUUCACCGUUAUGCAUUGCAAAUAUGUCUGUGUCUGGAAACUUGUGAUGCAAGGAAGGGACUAGUGAGCUCACUGUAAUGCGCUGCCAAGCAUGACAAGUUUUUUUCCUGCUUCUGAGUUGCGUAUUCCGCAUGAGAAACUUCGUUUUUGCAUGCCGGAUGGUAGUUAGGAAGUGGACCGUGUCUCCACCUAGGGGCAUCGGCAGAGGCUAAAUCUGUUCUAACGCCCAGGUAUUGGCAGAGGCUAAAUCUGUUCUAACGCCCACCCGCCAGGAGUUAAAUGGUACUACUACUACUACUACUACUGCAUGACACGGAGGGGGAGCUCUUCGCGGCCAUGCAGUACAGAGGUCAGAGUCAUGAAAGACUAGCACGACAAAUCUCGCAAUCCCCCGGACCCAGACAUAUUUGCAUUUGAUAACGGUUGUGGUUUCCGGGCUGGUGGAUUUCGUGGCAACCAUGAUCAUGACGGGCGACGACUAUCAAAAGUAAAAACGUCCCCACCUCCCCAUAGUCAAGUUGGUAAAUCUGCAACAGAAAUCUCCCAGCGUUGGGAGGUACGCAUGACAAGUUAUCAUCUGCAGUGUAGUGCUGUUUAGCAAGGACACCCGCAUCACAAAGACGCCCGCUCAUCCAGUUGACAGCAUUACAAAUCCCAGAACUACACGACUACACUUUCCUCUCUUGCGGAUGUGCAUUACAGAUUUUUUUGUAGAUGCAGGGACGUUUUUAAAUAGGAUAACGACGACAACAGCUUCAUCGCCGUUUUGCGUACCUUCCGUGUGUUGCGACCACUGCGAACUUUGUCGACCAUGCCAGGGUUAAAAGCGUUGGUGGUCACGGUGUUUUCCUCUCUCCCGAAGCUCGGUUCCGCGGUGGCAUAUCCAGAGUGAAAACGUCUCCACCCCAGAGUUGUCAUGCAAAUGUGCAAGCGAAAAAUAUUUCUCAUGCGCAGGCCCAUGGGGAUCAUUUUCCAGUCGUGUUUCGGAACUUGUGAUGCUCCAAUCACAAUGAUACGCUAGAUCUGUGAUGCUGCUGAACUUGCUAAACAGGACUAUUCUACGAGGCCAAACUUGUCAUGCGCAACAGCCAAAGCUUGCUGAUUUGUCUAGCAGACUUACCAUCUUGCCUCUGGUGUGGGAACGUUUUUUCACAGCAUAUGGCGUUGUGUGUCUUCA